AUGGAGGACUACAAAUAUUUGUUUAAAGUCGUUUUGGUGGGUAAUGCGGGUGUUGGAAAGACAUGUUUGGUCAGGAAGUUCACUCAGGUAACUUUUAUGUUGGUUAUUUUAUUCUGAUUUUAGGGAAUAUUUCCUCCUGGACAAAGUGCGACGAUUGGAGUUGACUUUAUGAUCAAAACAGUAAAAGUUGAAGAAGAUAAAAUAAAGGUAAGUAAGGUCUUGUAGUUAAAGAUAGUUUUAGUUACAAAUAUGGGACACUGCCGGUCAAGAGAGGUUCAGAUCAAUCACUCAGAGCUAUUAUCGAUCAGCACAUGCGAUUGUUUUAGUCUACGAUGUGGCUUGUCAGCCGAGUUUUGACUGUUUACCCGAAUGGCUGGGCGAAAUUGAGCAAUAUGCAAAUAGAAAAGUUUUGAAAAUACUUGUGGGUAAGUGGUUGAGAUAAUGCCUUUUAUUUGGUGAACUAUGAUUGCUUUUUAAUUAAUAAGAUAACGAAUUUCAGUUUAACUUAAUGUUACUAUUUUUUUAAGUUAGAUAAUAAAUUACAUAUUGGUUGUUUCUUAUUUUUCAGCGUUUUUUAAAACAUAUGCGGGAUAUUCUAAAUUAGGUUAUAUUAAAUUUUGAAUACAGAUACUGAUUGUCUAUAUUUUAGGUAACAAAGUAGAUAAGGACGAUGAAAGAGAAGUGCCUGAAAGGAUUGGGAAGAACUUUGCAGAUGCAAAUGGCUUUGAUUACUUUCUAGAGACGUCAGCUUUAGAUGCCACGAAUGUAGAUACACUGUUUCAAGAAGUGGCAACGCGCUUAACGAACGAUAUGAAGAACAGCGACGAAAUGUAAGUAUCAUUACUUUGUUUUGUGUUUUUAAUACCAAAAUUUGUCUAAAAUAUGGAUUUUUUAAGUUAGACAAGAAUGUAGGAUAUAUAAAGUUUGUGAAGUCAUUUUGAAUUGUUGUAGUAGGUUACGUUUCAGAUGUUAUAGUAUAAUUCUGUAAUAUUUCGUUAUAUUUGAGUACUUGGUUUUUUUGAUGGUUAUUGUAACAUUUUAAAAAUUAGACUUUAAAACGAGAUUUUAAUGUUACUUUUAAUUUAGUUAUAAUGGAAACAAGAGUAAUGCGGGAUACGGUGGCAUUUCGUUAAUGGACAGAGCUCAACAACAGGUCAACAGUUGCUGUGGUCGGACAUGA